UACACUCACCCACUCACUCACCCACUCACUCACCCACUCACUCACUCACUCACUCACACAAGUUCUAUCUUUCCAUUCAAAUUAGUGUCACAGGUGGAGAGGAAAUGACUUAACAUUUAGUCCAUUUGUCUCUUCAUGAUGAGUUCAUCAAACACCCUGGACAGUUUUUUUUUCUCUCUCUCUCUCUCUCUCUCUCUCUCUCUCUCUCUCUCUCUCUCUCUCUCUCUCUCUCUCUCUCUCUCUCUCUCUCUCUCUCUCUCUCUCUCUCUCUCUCUCUCUCUCUCUCUCUCUCUCUCGCUCUCUCUUUGUCUCUGUCUCUCUCUCCUUCUUUCUCCCUCUGACCUCUCCCUCCAUCCCUCCAUUUACGGUAGACAAGGGCCCUGAUUGUGUGGGGAAUCAUCGGACUCACAUGGUGUGGAGAGAGUGAGGGAUCUUAGAGGAGGACAGGACACAGCAGGGCAGUCUGAAGACUAAAUCACCACAUCAGGUUUGACGACAGGGCAGGUGGAAAGUGGAAAACAUGGAGAACGGAAAGACUGAAGAACAAGAUAAGGAGAUGGAAGAGGCCAACCUGGAGAUAGCUCAGCUGCAGGCCUUGGUGGCGGAGCUGCGCAGUGGCCUCCAGGGGGCGCUACAGGAGGUGUGUGUGCUGCAGCAGAGAGACUGCAGUCUGGAAGAGAAGCUACAGGCACACCAGAGCGAUGUGGACGACAGGAUCAUGGGUCUCCGGAACUCCCUCAACACCUUCAAGGAGGAUCUCACUGGUGCCCUUGACCAGGUGCGAGAGGUAGGCAGCAGACAGAGAGACCUGCAGAAGGUUCUGGACACUCUCCAAGCAGAGGGCUGCAGGGACAUCUUAACUACUCAACAGAGGAAGAACUCAAAGGGGGAGGGCCACGCGUGUCUGUCCAGCCAGACUGAGCUCAACGUCAUCCAGCACUACUUCAACAGUCUACCCAACAGCUCCCCACACAGGAGCACAGCCUCCACCCAGACCUCAAAGUCAGGAGAGCAGGAUCCAGGUAGUGGGCCGCUCAAGAGCGGUGGGUCUAAGUCUCCAGUGUGGAGAGAGAGGAAGGACAGUCGAGACGACACAGAGGCACAAAACUGUGUCCCAGAGAACAGUAAGAGGCAGACCGCUGCUCUGCAGCUUCUGGAGUCAGAGAGGGUAUAUGUGUCCUACCUGUCUCUCCUGCUGAAAGCCAACAUUUCCUUCAAUGGCUCAGAGGUGCUUCAUGCCAAAGACAAACGGCCUUUUCCCAGCUCUCUUCGCUUCCUCAUCCAGCAGCACCUAGAGCUUCUCCACACACUCCAGGAGCGCGUGCUCAAGCGCCAAUGGCAAGGCAUCAUGGGAGACGUAUUCAUGAGGCUCACCAGUAAGGAGAGUGACUUCCUGGACUUCUACGUGUCGUACCUGAAGGAGCUGCCUGAGUGUCUGUCUGUGGUCAGCAUGCUGGUGUCCAACCCCAUGAACACUGCAAGCCUACUAGAGGGUGACGUCAUGGGAGACGAGUCCCGCCCCGCACUACACACCCUGCUUCUCCAGCCGGUCCAGAGGAUCCCAGAGUAUAUCCUCCUGCUGCAGACCCUGCUGAAGCAGACAGACGCUGAACACCCAGAUUACUACCUGCUGCUGGUGUGCAUCCAGCAGUUCCGGACCUUCACAGCCCAGUACGCCCAUCUGCUGCAGCACGACGAGGAGCUGCUGCUGCACAACCGCAAGGAGCUCAAGAGGUCGACUAUGAAGGAAUACUUCAGAACUGUAGACUGUGGGAUCCAAGCCAAUGAAUUGGGCUCUCCUUACCCUACCAGCAACGCCAUACUCGAGCAUGCCAACCAGGUGAAGCGCAGCAAGCAGAGGCUUCUAGAACAGAUCCAAUCCAGACGCUUCCAGGACUGGGAACGCGAACGAGACAACGAGCCUCACCUCCGCUACGACCAUGACCACCGUCCCUCCCCCAUCCCCUUCCACCCCCCCGACCACCCAGACCCACGGCUGAAGCUCUCUGGCCUCCACAGCAUCCCGGAGAGUGAGCCAGAAGGAGCCAUGCUGGGGGUGGGCGGGGGGCCCACCUCUUCAGCUCGUCUGGCCCACCAGAGGCUGCCAGUGCCGGGGUCGGCUUUGGCCGACGCCCUGGGGGAGUUCCUGCUGCCAGGAGAGGCUCCAGGGCUGGAAGGGCUGUACGAGGACGGAGACUCCCUCCACAACACCUCGCUGUUCGAUCAAUGCUCGGACCACUCCUCGUCCGACUCCAGCAUCGACAUCGCCUUCGUGCGCUGCCCCAGGAGUAACCAUGCCACCCCGGUCAGCACGAGCUCCAGAGAGGCCUACGGCGAGAGGGCAAGCCAUGGGAGCGGGUACAGCAAGCUGCCCAGCCGAGGAAGCGUGUCCCCCGACGAGGCAAUCCUGAGGCACCACCAGCAUCGCCCCCUGCAGGCGGGACAGCGCAAGAGCAAGUCUCUGAACGGGCUGCAGCUGGACAGCACGGUGAGCGGAGGGGACGGACACCGCUCUGAUCACCCGCGAGGGCACCCGCAUGCCAAGCUGGAGAGGCAGGGCAGUAAGGGGUUUCCCACCCCCGCACGCAGGGGCAACAUCAGCAGUGCACAGCAGAAGGUGGACCCAGAGAAACAGGCUAUUGCCCCUGAAGAGGAGCUACGCAAUGAACACAACAAGGAAUCCAGCAGACCCACCUGGGGGGAGGAGCUACAGUGGAGGGGCGGGGCUGAGGAAAGUAACCAUACCCCCUUCAGUGAGCGAAGUCGCAAGCAGGAAAAAGGAGGCUUCAGGAGCUCCUUCAAGAAGCUCUUCAAGAAAAAGUCGGGUGGCGAUGGAAAGGACAAGUCCAACGAGAAGACGGAGAUCUCCGACCAUGAGGCAGGAAAAACUCCCAGAGUGCACCUGGAUAUCGACAGAGGGACCGCCGUGUGAUAUGUCAUAUGAUCUGGAACACUGAACACACACACACACACAUAGAACAGCAAUCACACACACACAUACUCAUUGUAUUCAGAAUAAUAUAGCAGACCAUCCCAGACUCUUCUUUCAUCAAAAGAUGUAAGUAGGAAUGCUGUAGGUAUUCUUUAUGCUGAAGGUCUUCUUUCUCUUUCAACUCGUGCCUUUUCUAUUCUAUAGCUCUUCUCAGCAGUACCUGAGGAGGAAAUAUAUAUUUUGCAUAUACUCAGGAACGUGGAUAAAGCAUAUAAAGAGUUCACUGGAAGAUAUGUUCUCCACAAUUUAAAGAUUCAAUUCUCUAUAAAAGUAUUUUUUGUUACAUAAAUUCAAACUGUUUGGAAAACCAAUAAGGAAAACUUCAAAAACUAAUA